AUGAGUACCUCUAUUGCUUUUAAACAACAACAACAAGACCCAAAGUUAGGUCAUGUUGGUACAUUGACUAAAGAACAAUUUGCAUUAUUACGUAAAUGUUAUGCCGCUAUGUAUGCUAUACAAAGCGCAAACGAUGGUGAAACUUCCCGUCUUCGAAAUGAUGAAUCAAAAAAUAAACCAAAAAAUGGUAUAAAAUUAAAUAAUGAUAAAUAUAAUGAAUCCGAGGAAUGCAUGUCUGCUAUGAAAAUUUAUAGUCCGGAAGCUUUACGUCAAGCUACUUGGUUAUUAACUGGCGCUGACGACCCCGACGUUUUAUUACUACGUUUCCUUAGAGCAAGAAAAUGGGAUGUUGACAAUGCUAUAGCCAUGUUAAUUGCCACCUUAAAAUGGCGAUUACAAUUUGAUGUUAGAGCAAUUGUUGAAGGUGGUGAAUUAGGUAUGGAAAGGUAUUUUGAUGGUAAAGGUGUUAAAGGAUUAAAAACUCAAUUUACCUGUGGCAAAAGUUUUGUUAGAGGGACUGAUUAUGAAGGUAGACCAAUAGUUUACAUAAAUGUUAAAGCUCAUAAGAAAUCCGAUCAAAAUUUUGAGAUUCUUCAGAGGUUUACGGUUUAUGUAAUGGAGACCGUUCGUCUGAUGAUCGAACCUCCAGUUGAAACGGGUUGUCUCGUCUUUAAUAUGGAAGGAUUCAGUUUAGCUAAUAUGGACUUACAAUAUGUCAAAUUCAUGAUUCAAUGUUUUGAGGCCUAUUAUCCGGAGAGCUUGGGAAUAUUGAUUAUCCAUAAAGCCCCGUGGGUUUUUCCUCAAGUUUGGAAAGUCAUAUCACCAUUACUUGAUCCGGUCGUGGCAUCAAAAAUUACAUUUACUAAAACUGAACAAGAACUUAUGAAUUUAAUACCCCCAGAGCACCUUAUUGAAGGUUUGGGUGGUAAAGACAAAUGGAAAUAUGAAUAUGUUCAUCCUACCGAUGAUGAAAAUUAUAAAAUGAAAGACAAAAUAAAGAAAAAGGAAUUGAUGGAAAUUCGAACAAAUUUAGAAAAUGAAUUUGAAUUUAUCACUAGAAAGUUGAUAGAAGGUCCUGAUAAUGAUCAAAUCAUUAAAGAGAGGGAUCAAUUAAAACUUAAAUUAAGAAGAGCUCAAUUAGAUUUAGAUCCUUAUACUCGACCUAAAACUUAUUAUCAUCGUAUCGGUGUACUUGAUGAUGAAAGGAAUGUCAAUUGGGUUUAUAAUAAUUAA